GGUGAACCCAGAACCCGGGGCUGUUUCAGAGAGUUCUCCUCUCCAGAGUGGCUGCAGCUGAAUCACUCUGAUCCGAUCAAUACACCAGCUGCUCUGAGGAGAGCUGACAGAGUUUUAAGCUGUUUAAGCCUCCAGGAUGAGCGACCACCAGGUCUGAAAUCCAGAAGAAGUUAAGAGGAAAGUUCAGGGACACAGCUGGAAACUGCUGGAGCCACAAUGGAACUACAGACCUGUCUGUGCUUGGUUUUCAUUGCUGCAACUCCAAGAGUGUACUCCCAAGUUGGACCUCGUGCCCAUGCUGAAGAGAGGCUUCUUCAGAAUCUGUUUGCCCAUUACAAUAAGCUCUCUCGGCCUGUGCAAAACACUUCAGACACGGUGCUGGUCCACUUCGGCUUGUCUAUUGCUCAGCUAAUUGAUGUGGAUGAGAAGAACCAAAUGAUGACUACAAAUGUGUGGGUUAAGCAAGAAUGGAACGACUACAAACUCCGUUGGAACCCGGAGGAAUACGAAAACGUCACGUCAAUACGCAUCCCGUCAGAGAUCAUCUGGAGACCUGAUAUUGUCCUCUACAACAAUGCAGACGGCGACUUUGCAGUGACUCACCUCACGAAAGCUCACCUGUUCUAUGAUGGUCAAAUAAAGUGGACGCCUCCAGCCAUUUACAAGUCGUCGUGCAGCAUAGACGUCACAUUUUUUCCCUUCGACCAGCAGAGCUGCAAGAUGAAGUUUGGCUCCUGGACCUACGACCGAGCCAAGAUCGACCUGAUCAGCAUGGCCAGCGAUGUGGACCAGAUGGACUACUGGGAGAGCGGCGAGUGGGUCAUUGUCAAUGCAGUGGGCAAGUACAACACGAAAAAGUACGAGUGUUGUACAGAGAUCUACGCAGACAUCACUUACUACUUCAUCAUUCGGAGGCUUCCCUUGUUCUACACCAUCAACCUGAUCAUACCCUGUCUGCUCAUCUCCUGUUUGACUGUUCUGGUCUUUUAUUUGCCAUCCCAGUGUGGGGAGAAGAUCACCUUAUGUAUUUCGGUUCUCCUGUCCCUAACCGUGUUUCUCUUGCUAAUCACAGAGAUUAUCCCGUCCACGUCACUGGUGAUCCCCCUUAUUGGUGAAUACCUGCUGUUCACUAUGGUAUUUGUCACACUCUCCAUCGUAAUCACAGUGUUUGUGUUGAAUGUGCAUCACCGGUCACCCAAAACUCAUGGUAUGCCUCAUUGGGUGCGUAGAGUUUUCUUGGACUUGGUUCCUCGAGUCCUCUUCAUGAAACGUCCGCCGGGAACAGCGAAGCAGCACUGCAAGAAGCUCAUUGAGAUGAUGCACCGCCCGACUGUGAAUUCCACAGCAAACAACUCGCAGGCUUUUUGGAUUGGUCUGGAUACGGAGCUGAGACAGAUGACGCAGACAGACAACAUGCUCCCAAAAACCCCAACUGACAGUCCGAGAAUUCUUGUUUGCUCACCUUCUCCACCUUCUUCCUCCCGAGAAGACCACUGUAACAACCAUCCACUCAGCACCAAUAUCUUCCACAGAUCAGCCUCCGCCAAAUACUCGGUCCUCACAGAGAAGCAUUCCCUACGUGGACACAACUCUGCGAUCAUGUGCGCCUCUCAGUUGUCUUUGCCUCCGACUUUGCCUCUGGGCUCACUUCACAACUUGUCCAGUGAGCAGCCAAGUUCUCUGUCCCUCAACGGCCAUUCCCAAAGCGCAGAGCAAAUGUGCAACCAGCACGAUCAGGCUCCACUGACAUCUGAGCAUCUCUGCCGCUCACAGAGUUUCCAGUACUGCUGUCUGCAUGAUGAUGGCUUACUGGGGUCUCCAAGGCAGCUGAAAGAAAUGGUCUCUAAAGAGCACUUGGCCAAAUCCCCAACAAGAUUGCCAACCAAAGAAGCAAGCACCCAACAAGAUACUCCUAUUCCAGCAAUUUCUCCAGCUAUGCAACGAGCCAUAGAGGGAGUUCAGUACAUCGCAGACCAUCUCAAAGCAGAGGAUGCAGACUUUUCAGUGAAGGAGGACUGGAAGUAUGUGGCAAUGGUCAUUGACAGGAUAUUCCUCUGGAUGUUUGUACUGGUGUGUAUUCUGGGAUCUGUGGGACUCUUCCUCCCUCCCUGGCUGGCUGGGAUGAUCUAGCAGCUUUGAGGAAUAUGAGAGCUGACAAGACGACGGGCUUGUCACAUGUUGUAAGAAAAAAGGUUUAUUAUGAAUCCUUUUUCUUUCUGGUUUGGUCACAGUCUUUGCUCUUAUCCUUUGUAAUCAAAUGGUUACCCACUGAGGAACAAGAUGGAAUAUCUGUCACUGAUCCCUGUGGGCACAUACAUUCUUUAUGAGGGCAAAAGGUCAACAACAAAAAUACACUUCAACGCCACUCCAUUCUGACUCUGAGCUGCACAGCUCAAACUGUCAUGCUGUGAUAAAACGUCAAAAGCUGAAUCCUGAUACACCAGAAGACUUAACAUCCAGAUUGCUAAUAAUAGGACAAUAUGAGGUGGAGACUGCCAAAAUUACAGUCUCUGGGUGAAACAGAGCUGACAAUGAACUCAUGUCAUGAAAUAUUCAUGAGAUAUCCAUAAAGUAAUGUUUCUGUGAAAAUUUGUCUGAGAUUUUCCUUAGGCCGGAUAUUUUAUUUGAUUUAGGUAAAUGUGAGUAACCUGCUGUUAAAUGUUGAAUUGUGUCGGUUCUGUCAGACUUCUUAAGCAUUCUGUCCUUUCAAUAAUGGCUGUAUGGACAGAUAAACACAUACACUUUUAGUAUUUUCCUUGAUGAGUAUACAUAUGGACACGGUGGUGUGCCGUGAGGUUUCAGUCAGAGCCUUCAAUAGACGUCUACUAUAUCUGAACAACACACACGUUGUGCAGUAUGCAAAAAUUAUGCAACACACCAAGCAACAGGUAUCCAGUAAUAUGCAAAUAAAUAAAAAUCUGCCAAAAAUAUAUCAUUGCACUGACAUGCAAUAAUAUCAGUGCACAUAUCUCUGUAUGUAUGUGCACUGAUAUUGUUGCAGGAAAAAGGAAAGAGUGCACAUAAUCAAACAAGCAGCAAUUUAGCAAAACCUUUCUAUGUUCCCCAGUUCAGCUCAACAUCAAUCCAUACUGUUCAAAUAGCAUAUGUGAAACACAGGAAAACAUGUCAGAGGAGACAAUUUAAACUUUUUGGCCCAAACCCAAAAUCCAAUUGAGAAUCUAUACCAAGACUUCAUUCUCUAUCUACAUUUGUGUUCAUGUUUGAAAUGCUAUGAAGCUUCACACACAGAGUUACCACUUUGAUUAAAGUUUAAAAUGUUUAAUUAAGGCUAUGAAUUCUGAUAGUACAAAGUUUUGAGGGAGUAUUGAGAACAUAUGUUUUUAUGAACAGUAUACAGUCUAACAUACACCUUAUUUCCACCUGUGUUUGCUUUUAAAAUAUUUAAAAGUGCCAACACAUUUAGGAUUCAAUCCAUACUGACUGAGAACACUGACUUGCAAUCAAACUAUGGCUGAACUUAAACUAAACAAAAGUAUCUGCGAAUAAGUCUGGCAGGCUGAAAGUGUUCAUAUUCUGUAUGUUUCUGACAGCUUUAUGGACAAAGUCUUCCUGGAGUACUUGCUGAAGUGUUGGAGCAGGAAGUAUAUGGGAGGUGAAAGACUGCAGAGUGAGAACAGACAGCGUUAAAAAGUAAAGGAUAGAUAGUUAGAAAUGCAUGAUUAGAGAUAGUUUGAAUUUGUGAGACAAAAGAAUUAAAAUUCUACCCAGACAGUAUUUUGUGAUUUUAAAAUACUGUUAAAAAGUCCGGUACCAAAUGAUUUUCAAAUACCAGAAUUUUAGACUUCAACCAGGGAAAAUUGUACCUUUAUAUUUAUGAAUGAAAAGUAAUUUUUGCACUCUGUCAAACUAAAUAAAACUAUAGAUAAUUUAAUUUGGAAAGAUAAUUUAACAAUAGAAAAAAAUGUAUUUUAAAAAAUCCACCAUGUUAUUUAUAUUUUUAGGUUCUAAAAAAGAAAAAAACUGAUACAAAAAGAGAAUAGAGACAUUUUCUCCUAUGGGAUGUAAAUGUUUAUGGAAAAGCACACGGUUCAAAACCUAAUGACAGGAGGACUGAAACAGACAUGACAGGGUCAAGACAAAGUGGACUCUUGUUGUGUGAAAGCAGCUUCUAAACAGGUGAAUGAAGCAGAAGUUUCACCUGGAACUGAAACACUUUCAAGGUAUUUUCCCUAAUUUUCAUUUCAUAUCUUGUUCAAAUCUUGCUACAGCCUAUUAUCACGAGUGGAAAAGCAGAAAGUCUGGAUAGAGCUGCUAUUUAUGUACAAGCUGUUGGAUUCCCUCAAAUUGCUAAUCAUAUGUCAAAUUAUGCUGACUCGGUCCACUUAAUAUAACUGCAGAAUGUCAAAGUGGUGGCAGGUAGAUGAACUUACCAUGACACACACUUUUCUACUCAGUCUGCUUCACAUGGGUAAAGCGGCCCACUGGGCUUUAAUUAACACGUCUUCAUAUUAAAUUGGUUCCCAUACAUCAGCGUCUGGCCGUGCUGCCUGGAGAAAACCUCAAAUUGGAUUAAAAAGUGUGUAAUGUUACACCCAACGCUACGACCUCGAUUCUGACCCGAACCAACAAACUAUUGUAUUUCCACUGGCUCAGCAGAGCAGCUACCAUUGAUCAUUAUACAGAUUUCACAGCAGGUACAAAAUGGUAAUUUAUCUCUAUAAAAACACAGCGCAUUGAACAAAGUUUGAGUAACUGCCCACAGUUACUCAAACCUUGUUCAAAGCCCUAGCUUUGUGAUCUACAGAGAAAACAUUAGAAAACAGCUGGUAGUGGGACGUAGGAUGGAUUUUUCUGUAACCUAAGAGCUUGAUAAACUCCAUCUCCUCUAUAAUGUUUAAAUUAACCUGUUAAUGGAAGCUCAUUUUUCACCCUUCCAAUAUCCCAUCCAGACAUUUUUUAUUGAGAAUGGCUCUUGGCAAAAAUGAUACCAAAUACCUUUUUUUAAACCUCUGAUUUCACAUUUAGAAUAAAAUAUAAAGAGGUAAAUUAAAUAAGAAGAUGGAGAUCCAUAAAGAUGUUUUUCAUCAGCUUCCGUAAGAGAAAUGCUAUGCAAGGUCACCAUGCUAUUAAUUACAGCUAAAAUGUCAUGUUAUUAAAUUUACCUAGAUAAAGAACUUGCCUUCAAUGCUAAUUUCAGUUAUGACCUAUGAAGAUCAUGUGCUUUUGGGGUCUGGAAUUAAUUUGGACAUGGA